AUGUCAGACGUGAAGAGCCUCGAACACCCCACGCUGAAGGUUCCAUAUGAGCUUCUGAAUAAGAAGUUCCGCUCCGCUCAGAAAACUCUCGACAGAGAAGUGUCCCAUGUCCAGGCGGUGUCUAACGAACUUGAGAAAAGUCUGAAGACCGACGGAUCUUAUGUGGCAACAGGAGAAAUCAGCAAGUUGCUCGGUGGCGUGGUCGCCAGGCUUCAAGUUCUAAAGCGUAAAGCCCAGGAAUCCAUAGCGGAGGAAUUACAAGCCGGCAUGGUGUGCAAAAGAAGAUUAGAUCACUUAAAGGAUCAUGCCAAUACCUCUCCGAGUGCCGUGAAUCAGUGGAGACGACAGAGAUUAGACAGAAUGCUAGUGGAAUAUUUUCUUCGCAAGGGAUAUUAUAAAACGGCAACUAAACUGGCAGACAGCAGCGAGCUUAGAGAUCUAACAAAUAUUGAUGUAUUUAUGGUAUCGAGAGAAGUAGAGAAAUCUUUAGCCAAUCACGAAACUGCGAGAUGCAUCGGUUGGUGUCACGACAAUCGUUCGAAAUUAAGAAAACUAGGCAGUACUAUGGAGUUCAAUUUGCGCGUGCAAGAAUUUAUCGAAUUAGUGCGAACCGACAGGCGGCUCGAUGCGGUGAAGCAUGCUCGCAAAUACUUUGCUAACUAUGACGAUUAUCAGCUGCAGGAGAUUCAGUGCUGCAUGGGUCAGUUGGCCUUCCCGGCCCACGCAUACUUGAGUCCUUAUAAAGAUCUACUGGAUGAAAAGAGAUGGGAUAAGCUGAUCGAGACAUUUCGACAAGAAAACUACAGACUGUUUCAGUUAGCGAGUCAGAGCGUAUUCACGGUAGCUCUGCAAGCCGGUCUGUCAGCUCUUAAGACUCCCCAAUGUUAUAGUGCUAAUAAGGAAGGCCGAAAUCCUAGUUGUCCAGUUUGCAACGAAGCAUUGAAUGAAUUAGCCGCACCGUUGCCUUUCGCUCACUGCUCACAAUCACGACUCGUUUGCAGUAUAAGUGGGAAACCACUAAAUGAAUAUAAUCAGCCUAUGAUGAUGCCGAAUGGAUAUGUAUAUGGUGAACAAGCAUUGGAAAAGAUGGCUCAAGAAAAUAACGGUACAGUGAUUUGCCCAAAGACCAAAGAAGUAUUCCCAUAUAAAAAGAUCGAAAAAGUUUACGUAAUGUAAACUUCCAUAUAUUGACACAAAGUAUAUACAUACGUUGUAUUAUAUGCUUAACGCUUAUGGCCCUCUUCUUGCUCCAAUCUCUGUUAUUUAAUAAUAAUAAUAAUAAUUGUAUACUACUGAUAUAUUACUGGAAGGAAAUAACAUCUAUUUUUAAGGAAAACUUGAUCGACUUAUUCACAUCUAUAAAAUCCUGUAUUAAAAACAUAUGCAAUUAAAAAAAUAUUACUAUUAUUAUAAUUUGUUGUACGGAAAUAUUAGCUGAUUAUUUGUUAACGGGGAUAGUUAGUCCUUAUUCAUUUAUUUAACGUUCUUUCUACAAUAAAUUGAAUGGUUCAAAUUGUUUCCAUAAAUCUACUUAUUGAUAAAACGCAACCGUGAAUUUCUUAUUUUACAAGGUCUUUACUUUUACAUAUCUAAGGUUCAGAAGUUGCAUUCUCAAUCGUGGAUUAAAAGAAGUCGAUUUUCCAGAUGUCGAAUAAAAUGAUGCGCAAAUGUAAUAUUAAAAAUUUAAAUUUUUUGAUGUUCAAAAUUUAGUGAAUUAUUAGUGAAUUAUAAAAAGUGAGAAUUUAAUUGACUUGAUUUUUCAAAAUAAACUUCUCUUUUCCAAAAACCAAAUCUUGGAAAAGAUUCAAAUGUAGGAUCGAAAAAUAUUAUUGAAUAUUAUUGAAAAAUAAUUUUAAAUAGCUUAAUGUAUUUACGAUCGAGAGAUCUGCAAUUCUUUAAACUUGGAUAUUUAUAAUUAAUAUAUUGUAUAAUUAAUAUAUUAUGCAUACAUUCCAACAUAGAAAUGAUAAAGCUCCAUAGCGAUGAUAAUGAAUGAAUCAAACCUUACAACUUAUAUCAUUAAAGGCUUGUAUCAUUUUUAUGUGGAAAUGAAUGCGUAUUUAAAUCUUAUGUAUAAAUGUGUAAUACUAAUGCGUGAAUAUUUUUAAUAAAGAUUGCUUUAUAGUAUAAUCUAAAUGGUACGAUAUGCGCGAAACAAUCCGUCGAAUGAAAUUUACUUGUGUGACUGAGAAUCCACAUAUAAAAAUAUUUUAUCUACUCUAUCAAUUUCUUUUUCCUUUUCUCUUCCUUAAAUUCAAUGAGUCUUCCGAUUUUAUUGGAUUAUUUAUCGAAUUCCCUUGAUCAUUUAUUGUCUGUUGGUUUAUAUGGAGGAUUGUCCUUGUAGGAAUUCAGAAUGCGUUUUAGAAUUACCAUUUUCGUCAGUAAUAAGAUAACGCGAUCGAGGUAAGAAAUUCCAUUAUUUUUUUUUAAUAAGUAAUGAAUAGAAAAUAUUACACAUAUUUUCAAUUGCAACGCAAUGAUUCUAUGAGGCAACUUAUUUAUCAUGUUAUAACUGUAUUUUCGUGGAGAUGAUUUUCAUAUAUAUAAUGUUAUAAUCUAUUAAAUCAAUUAAAUAGAUUAAUUAAAUUGGAUUACAUAUCAAUGUAAUCUAAUUUUUGUUAAAUUCUUAGAAUCAUUGCAUCACAAAUGAAAAAGUCCCUUUUCUUCAAAUGCGUUUGUCGUACAACUGGUUACGUUCAUCGAUUAGUAAAAGUUAAGUCGAUGAAAGAUAAUAAAUUGAUUAUGAUUAUGCAGAGUAAGUUGAUCGAGAUAAUAAAUGUGUUAUAGAGAGUUUGUAGAUACUAUAUCAGUAUUCCGUCUUUUAGAAUAUCUAACGAAGAAGUUAUUAAUUGUUCAUUUGUGAGAGAUGAGGGCUCACGAUAAAUUACAUUUUAGCAUAAUUAAAAAUGCAUGUGUAAAUGCGAUCAAAUAAAAUUCGCACUUGUGCUGAA